AUGGAAAUAAGGUCGGCUCUCCAAACAUUGACUCAAGCCAUAACGACUCAAGCUCAAGCCAUGAUAACUCAAGCCCAAGCUAUGACAGGGCAAGCCAAUAGGGAAGUUGGUCCCUGUGUGAACCUCAAUGUGAACACCAUGGCUUCAAGGUUGAGAGACUUCACAAGAAUGAGCUCUCUUAUGUUCUUUGGUUCCGAAGUUGGUGAUGAUCCUCAAGAGUUUCUGGAAGAGGUCUACAAGAUAAUUGAUGCUAUGAGGGAUGAGAUGAGUCGGUUUGUGAUAGGUGUGUCUGAUUCGAUUAAAGAAGAAUGUCAUGUGGCAAUACUCCAUGAUAAUAUGAAUAUAUCACGUCUAAUGGUGUAUGCUCAAAAAGUUGAGGAGUCAAGGCUUAUGAAGAAGAAUAGAGAGGUAAAAAGGGCAAGGUCCGAUGAUGGAAAUUCUUCCAAGGGUAAAUUCGAGGGUCAAGGUAGACCAAGGUGUGGGAAGAAUGGCCAUAUGAUGAGAGAUUGUCCCAUGUUAAAGGUUCAAGGAAGAGAGGGCAAGCAAGUUCGUCCUACUGGUUCAAAUUCUGAUGUUCCCAAGAUAAACCAUUUUUAUGCUCUUCAAUCCCGAGGUGACCAAGAAAGCUCCCCGAAUGUUAUGACCGACCCUGGUGCCACUUUGUCGUUUGUUACACCUUUUGUGGCUAUGAAGUUUGAAAUAUUCCCCGAUGUGUUAGAAGAACCUUUUUCGGUGUCAACCCCGGUUGGUGACUCGGACACGGGUAGUAAAGUUCCAAUUUCCAAAUGA